AUGUGUGUGUUCUGCACGCUUACCUGGCUUGCAUCCACCAGUUGGUUCAACACAGUCACGGACUAUCCGCCUGUCAUCUCAUUCGGAAUCAACCACAACUCUGCGGGCCGCCUGAAAGACACGACCAGGAACUUGAAGAAUGGCCAAGGAUUCGCUGUGAACAUCAUCAGCGAGGCGUUUAUCGAAAACGCAAAUGCAGCUGCCGUAGACGCUCCUCCAGAAGUCGAUGAGUGGACUCUCAGCGGUCUGACAAAGGAGAAAUGCGUGAAAAUAAGAGCCUCGCGCAUCAAAGAAAGCGCCUUUAGCAUGGAAUGCGAACUCUACCAAUCGAUAGACAUCACCCACCCGGUCACAGGCGAGCACAACAGCACGCUCAUCCUCGCGCACGUCAAGUACUUCCACGUGCGCAGAGACAUGCUCACAGGCAGAGGUGCCGUCGAUCUCAUAAAGUUCAAACCUGUCGGGCGUGUGGGCGAUAUCUCAUAUGCCCGGGUCGGAGAUACAUACAGGAUCCCUAUUCCAUUAUGGGCGCAGGAGGAGGCGAAGAUACAGGAAGCAUUGAAGACUCUCGCAUCAACAUGAAAUCGAACGGAGAGUGGCUUACCAUUUCUGAGGAACAUAUACCAUAGAUCAUAUAGAUAUCAGCAUCCAGGCGGGAUCGACUCCGUCGUUAUUUCUUAUCCUUAAGAUAGAUCUGACCUUUAUAAUUGACUAGCAAGCCCUACUUUUUACAUCAUAAUGAUCAUGACUAAUUUUCAACU